AUUGGCUACGGGGAGGAGCAGACUGGGGUUCGGCAUUACAAACUAGUCCCCAAUUGGCUCAGACUGUUUAGAACAAUUUAAACGGGUUUCAGCGGGUGUUGAAAUCAAAUUGGAGGAAAGACUGACUAUUAUGUUGUGCAGAGAAUGAUAAUGGUGGAUUAUACAAUGUAAUACUUUUAUGAACAUUGUCGAAGUCAUCUGCAAUGUAGAGUGAACUGCUAUGUCAGCGAAACGGAUUGUUUUUUGUCGAACCCGGAAGAGUGUUAUGGUAGCGACUAUGAGCUCUGUACUGUCCUCAACACGCAACCUGCUGCAGAUGUUCGAUGUGAAGCUACAAGCGUUUGCCAAUGAAAUUGAAAAUGACCACAUGGUGUGGCUGUGCGAGAUCCAGCACGAAGCCAACCGCAUAUUCUCAAGUGACUUUAGUGCAGAACCGGAAUUGAUGCCAAAGACUCCAUCACAGAAGAAGCGCAACUGUAGGAAACGUCUAUCUGUGGGUCAGAAUGAAAAUCGCAACAAGAGACGCUUCUCCAAGGGCAAACGCAGCAACCUGCGUCGCUCCUCCGUGUCCACCUCCCUGAACCUGAUAGCAGAGGAUGAGGGAGGGUCCCCAGUCACAAGGGAAGAGCUGGUCAAAACCUCACGCGCUCACAGAACCAAACAGACCACCCAGCCUGAGGUGGCAUCACCUGUACGCAGCACCCACAAAGGAGCUGCUCAGACCUCCUCCUUCCAGCUGGAGGAGGCACACCAGCGGGUGUGUCGCUCCAUCCGCCAGAUCCUGGAGGAGAAUAUGGAGGAGGAGGCUGAGAGUAAGAGGGGGGAGUCCAGCUCAGACUCCUUCCAGCCCCCAUGUUUCCCACCCCGUCGCCCCCCCACCCCGUCUCCCUCCUCCCCAAAGCCACAUAACUAAAG